AAAAAAAGUUCUAAGGACAUGCGCGCUCCGCUCAGAGGAGAAAUAAAUGCGUCAACUUCUUCAGUUUGUAGGAGUUUACUCUUUAAUGCGUUGUAUGUUUACAGGACAUGAGCGACGAUGAAUGAAGAUGCGUUCGAGGUCCCGGAGAGGACCGAGUACCGCUACCUGGUGCAGGAGGAGGAGGAGGGGGAGGAGGUGCAGUACGUGCGCCACAGACACUACAUCAGCCCCCUGCUGGUGCUCUCCCGGCGCUGCAUCUUCCUCAUCUGCCUGGCCGUGUUCGCCCUGCUCUCUCUCGCCACCUACCUGGGAUACCUGGCCCAGACGCUGCCGCAGGGCAGCGUCCAGGUGAACACGCACUGCGGCGCGUUCAGGGGACGCCACAAAAAUGGCGCAUACUCCUUUAAGGGCAUGCCCUACGCGGCUCCACCUAUCGGCAGCCUGCGCUGGGCCCCCCCGGCCGAACCGCUGUGCAAGGGCGGGGUGACGGACGCCGGGCGCUUCCGCAGCGUGUGCCCUCAGGUGCGUCCGCUGGCGAGCACGGGGCGGCUGAUGGGCCAGGAGGACUGCCUCUUCGUCAACGUGUGGACGCCAACGCUGCAGCCGGACGCCAAGCUGCCCGUCAUGGUCUGGAUCCACGGAGGAUACCUGCACAUGCUCAGUGGAGGCGAGCCCGGCUACUCGCCCACCGAGAAGCUCGCCGCCGACACGCAGAUGGUCUACGUCAGCUUCAACUACAGACUCAAUGCCUUCGGCUUCCUGGCGCUGGAGGUGCUGAGAGAAGGUUCUCCGAAGAACACCUCAGGGAACUAUGGCUUCCUGGACCAGAUCGCAGCUCUGAAGUGGGUCCAGAGGAACAUCCACGUGUUUGGAGGAGAUCCCGGGAAAGUCACCAUAUUUGGACAGAGCUCAGGUGGGACCUCGGUGUGGACCAUGAUGAUGUCUCCGCUGGCGAAGGGUCUCUUCCACGCCGCGGUGGACAUGAGCGGCUCGUACGCGUACAACGCCACGCUGGAGCGGGCCGAGUCCGACAACCUGGCGUUCCUGAAGAAGACGGACUGCAGAGACGCCGGCUGCCUCAGACGUCUCUCCGUCAGACAGGUCCUGCAGGCCAUCCCGUGGCAGGAGUUCCCCUCCUGGGCAGCAGAUGAGAUGACAGACCUCCCCGUCAGAGGGCGCUUCAUCGGCCCGGUGGCCGUGGUGGACGGAUACGUCCUGGAAGCUCCACCUUUCCAGGUGUGGGACAAGAAAGGAGACCACAGUGACGUUCCUUUUGUCGUCGGGACAACGGAGCAGGAGGCUGACUUCAGCCCGGCGGCUGCAAACAUUUCCAUGUGGACCUGGGGGGACUACCAGUGGUUCGUAACAGAUAAACUUCAGUCCUUCAGUGAGAAUCUCUCCAAAGACGCGUUGGAGCUGUACCCGAGCUCCGCGCCCUGCCCCACCACAGACCGCUGUCCGGAGAGGGCCUACACCACCAUGGUGUCCGACAUCAGGACCACCUGUCCCAACAACGACCUGGCCUGGAGGGCUGCAGCGGCCCUCGACAGUCCCGUGUACCGAUACGUGGUGACACAUACACCGUCAGGACCGGUUACCGCGUCUGGCGACCUGCUGCCGUUCCCCAGCCGCUUCUCCUUCCACUGUCUGGACGCCGUGACUUUCUUCGGCGGGCUGGAGUCCUUCCUGGGCAAACCUCUCUCUGAUCGAGACAAGAGCUUCCAGGUUCUCAUCACACGCCAUCUCGUCAACUUCGCCAAAACAGGUAAGAUGGCAGAUGAGUGGCCAGAAUACCCAGCAGCCACUGCUCUCCUGUCCGACAGCCUGACGGCGGUCCACAACUACUCGGCUGUUCGGUGUCAGCUGUGGAAGGACAACGGCCUGUACGCGUACGCCUGGACCAACUGACCGAGACAACAGACUGAAGGCAGCGUUCAUCUGACCACUCAGUUAUUAAUUCAUCAGCAUGAGACUUUAUUAAAGUCACUGCUUUGUUACACCGAGACGAUCUCCCGUAGCAAGACCUCCGUCUCUCUCAUCCAGCUCAGGUCCUGCCAAUAUAUAUAUAUAUAUAU